AUGUUAUGUUACUAUGUGUUACUAUUGCCCUUUACUCUUUGUUUUGCAGAAUAUGAUGUGAGGGAUUACGGUGAUCUGCAUUUUCCGGAGGUGCAGAAUGAUGAACCCUUUCAGAAUGUGAAGAAUCCUCGCACGGUUGGGCAAGCUACAGAGAAAGUUGCUAAUGCUGUUGCAGAUGUUAAGAGGGAUGGAAAAAUUUGCUUAACCCUUGGUGGAGAUCACAGCUUGGCAGUUGGGACCAUCACAGGUCAUGCUAAGGUUCACCCUGAUCUGUGUGUUGUUUGGGUGGAUGCCCAUGCAGAUAUCAACACUCCAUCAACAUCACCCAGUGGCAAUCUACAUGGACAACCUGUCUCUUUCCUAAUCAAAGAGCUACAAAGCGAGGUGCCAGACAUUCCAGGAUUCUCUUGGGUGAAGCCAAGUAUAUCUGCCAAAGACAUAGUUUACAUUGGACUGAGAGAUGUAGACCCUGGAGAGCAUUAUCUUCUGAAGACUCUUGGGAUUAAGAGCUAUUCAAUGUCAGACGUGGACAGACUCACAAUAAAAAAAGUUAUGGAAGAAACUCUGGAAUAUCUAGUGGGAGAGAAAGAAAGGCCCAUCCACUUAAGCUUUGAUAUAGAUGGCUUGGAUCCCAGCGUUGCGCCUGCUACUGGUACUCCUGUUCCUGGAGGUCUCACCUACAGAGAAGGCAUGUACAUCACAGAGCAGAUUUACAAUACAGGCUUACUUUCUGCAGUGGAUAUGAUGGAGGUCAACCCAUCUCGUGGAGAAACAGAGAGGGACUCUAAGCUGACUGUAAACACCGCCCUCAAUAUGAUCCUAUCCAGCUUUGGGAAGGCACGAUCCUGA